AUGCUAUUACACGCGCUCCGGGGCUUCUACCGUAGCGAAUCACUGUACGGUAUUUUCACCGUGACAUCAUCUGCCACUCCUCUUACUAAAGUAGGAAACAAACACCGCUCGACAGAGCAGAGGCGGGAGGGGGGGUGUAGAGAAAGAGAAGACAUUUACACCUCUCACAGCCUCGGUCAAAGAAAAACAGCGAGAAAAGACAUUUGGUGGACAGUACUCAACCAGACCAUACAUCGUGUGUACGUUUGAUCAAAUUGUGCAGGUGAGAAUCGACAUUUGAAACGGUUGGGUUGUCGUGGUGUAUGGUUGAAGACCGAAAAAGGACACCGAAAAUUGGAUCAACAUCAACUUAAUAUGGAAUUUCCGAUGGCCCAAGAGACGAACCCGAGCCUGACGCCUGUGCUUUGUGCCACUGGCUGUGGUUUCUAUGGCAACCCCAGAAACAGCGGCAUGUGCUCGGUCUGCUACAAGGAGCAUCUGAACCGACAGCAGAGUAGUGACUGCAGCUUGAGCCAACUUAGCCCAAUGGGAGCAGUCGGUAGUCCUACCUCUGAGGCCUCAGCCAUCCAGAGGCUAGAGGCCAGUCUCACCAAAGUAGACCCUUCAUCUGGCUCUGCUACAGACAUGGCUAGAACUAUUCAAGGCUCUCUUCCAGUGACUCAACAAAUGACCGAGAUGAGCAUCUCAAGAGAGGAUAACCCAGAUUCCCUAGAGCCUGUUGUGAGUCAGCCUACUGCGUCUAGCCCCGUCACGGCCAGCGGCGACGAGGCCAAGGAAGACACCCCCAAGCCCAAGAAGAAUAAGUGCUUUAUGUGCCGCAAGAGGGUGGGCCUCACAGGGUUCGACUGUCGCUGUGGGAACCUGUUCUGUGGUGUCCAUCGGUACUCCGACAAGCACAACUGUCCUUACGACUACAAGGCUGAGGCAGCUGCCAAGAUCCGCAAGGAGAACCCUGUUGUGGUCGCUGACAAGAUCCAGAGAAUAUAGGGUUAAGAACCAUCCACACAGAGACUAGAGUAUGAUGUCGAACCCUUGACAUGAACACUGGCACGAGUGGCAAAAGGAUGUCAUUUUUAAAGUCACAACCUUGAGAAAGGACAGAGAUCCUGCCCGUUGGGGAGAUGCAUGAACGGUCACUUUUUUUGUUUACGUUUAUUAUAAUUUUUUUCCCUCUUUGCUGAUAUUCUGUAUAUAUAUAUAUAAAAAAAUAACAUUUUAAAAGAGCAGCCCAGGGUAACUUUCCAGGAGAGACGUGUCUGUUCUGCAGAACCUAUAUCUAUCUGGACGUUCUAUCACAACUGAAUAUGGCCCCUGAGCUGUUUGGCCACUUUGUUGCCAAAUAGCCGACAGCUAUUCUUUUCUAAAGUUGUGUGCACAUGCAGUAUCCCGACGAGUUCAGUUGAAUCUCCAUUUCUACGUUCCGUUCCCAUUAGUGUCAGUUGUCCGAUAGGUAUGACUAUCUCCCAAAAUGCUCUCCCAAAAUGCAGGUGGGCUUUUAUCCCCCAGACUGUGACCUGCCUACCUCACAGCAGCAGGUCAUGUUUCUCCUCAUCACAAUGUCCACGUGAAACUUUUUCCUAAUCGUCUCCCCUUACAAUCACUUCAUUAUUUCCAGAGGAAGGGGUUACCUCUGACAUUUUUAAAGCAGUCCUUAGGCACCAUUUCUGUUUGAUCACCUGAACGCCGUGGCCCGUCUUUAUGGUCAUUGUAAGAGGUGUGCGAAGGAGUACAAAAACACAUUUUUACCAACUAUCAUGUGGGACAGGACUUUUAGUCAAGGAGGUCCUAGACUAAUCUAAGGUCAGAAUCUCCCAACUGUGGUCUCGGCAGAGGCUUGCGUGCAUUGACCCUGGUGCAGUCCUCUGGGUGAGACUUAGGCACUACCCAUCUGUUUUAUUGGCUAUAUGGGGGGGGGGUGAAUGGGAGAGCAACCCCAUGCAGUAAUAUCUUAAAUCAUGUAAAAUAUCUGAAUGAAUUGCUAGGUCAUUAUUGUAUCUGCUGAGAGACAUGUUUAAUCUCUGUUUUUUAUAUACAUUAACAUAGUACUGAUAUUAGCACAUGUAUUCAGUGCAGUUGUGAAGUUAGGGUAUAUGAGACAGCCUUGCUUUGUGUUGAUUUUGGUGUGCGUGUUCAGUGAGUUUGAGUGAACACAUGGGUGUCAGAUUGUGUGCACCUCCACUUCAUUUUGUGAAGCAAUAUAUCCCGUAGCUCUGCACAUGUUUCCAAGGCUACAGGAGCAUGGCAGAACUGAGGUUUUGAUAACUAGAUUCCAGAGUUGGAUUCCAACGGAUCUUUUCAGCUUUCUUUCCCUUAUUGGUCUGUGUGACUGAUCUAGAGCAGUGUGUGUGUGAGACUUUCCUUGGCUGUGUGAAACAUUGAUACAAGUGUGUCCUGUGUAGAUUUUUCUUCUCCCGUAGGGAUGAGGUUUUUACCCUUUUAAAACAAAGGUAUCCAUUUCAAUUUUUUCCUUUUAGUUAUGCAAAUUUGUACAAAAGAACCUGAUAUUUAUGAAUGACAUAAUCUUGCUACCCAGCAUUACAGCAUAAUUGUAUCAUGUAAAUAAAGACUGUACAGAGACAUU